AUGGCAAUAGCUUCUUUGCGUCAUGGAGUGACCAUCGCUGGAGCUAUCCUGCUGGUGACGGGGACACUGUGCUUUGCUUGGUGGAGUGAUGGUGAAAUGGGGGUCACUGCACCCAGCAGUGACCCCAAAGUCAUGCCUCAUGGAGAAACAGAACUUAUGACCAGGGCUUCCUCUUCCAGUGCUGUACUCAGAUCAAUCAGCUUCUUCUGUUGUGGAAUCGGUGGGCUUCUUCUCCUCUUUGGACUCCUUUGGUCAGCCAAUGCUGGAAUAGUUUCCCGGCACUACCAGUACCAUUUUUCCCGGGACCUUCAUUACUCCACAGUUGAACCUCUUGAAAAGCAGACAUGCAGCACCUGGGAGGCCACCAGUAUUCCCACGUAUGAGGAAGCUUUGAAUUGCCAACCUGCUGAAAAUGCCUCCAGUGACAUGCAGCCUCAGAUUUCAAAGGAGAACAGGCUGCCCUUAUAUCAGGUGGUGGAUGAAAAUCACAAGGGGCAGGGCAGCCGAAGACGCAGUUCCUCUGACAGUGUUUUGUUUCGGAACAUUCCACCAAAGCCAGGCUCAGCGUCACGGGAUGAAGUGAUAAUUGUCUGUGACACUCCGCCCCCAAGUUAUGAGAGCAUAGGCUUGUGUGAUGGAUGAUC